UCCCAGGGUUCCCAGCUCGGGUGCGACCGGCGGGCUCCUGAGCGUCCCAGCCUGCCCGCCGACCGCCGCUCCCCGGGCGAGCAUCCUUGUCCCAGGACCUGCCCCUCGACCAGCCCGCGAGCGCGUCGCACGAAGGCGCGUCCGCAUCCAUGCCCCAGACUGGGGAGCAGAAGGCGUUCACAGACCCGAACGUGUGAUGUGAGGCUGAGCGCGUGGCAUCCGCGUCUUGCCCGGCUGAGCCGGACGCGGGAGGAGAGGGGCGCGCUCCAGCUCUUCUAGCGGUGCGCUGGGCGGGGCGCGGCUUGGGGGGGCCCGGCCACCCGCGGGAAGCAGCGGACGAGCAGGCGCGCUGCGGACCCGAGGGAGGGCACGGUUAAAGCUUUGCCAUCAAUUGCGAGCCCAGUGAGGCCGUCCUAAGCUAACACACUAACUCUACAGCUUCCCUCACGCCCCCAAACCACCGAAGGCGGCGACACCUGAUCCAGCGCACAAGCACGGGUCCCUUCUGUCCCCGGAUACAAUUACGCGGCAGAGACACAUUCAAACUAACGCGCAGCAGCCCAGAGCCGAGCGAUGAAGUCUUACACUCCGUAUUUCAUGCUCCUGUGGAGUGCUGUGGGGAUAGCGAAGGCUGCCAAAAUCAUCAUCGUGCCGCCAAUUAUGUUUGAAAGCCAUAUGUACAUUUUCAAGACACUAGCCUCAGCCUUGCACGAGAGAGGACACCGCACAGUAUUUCUUCUCUCCGAAGGCAGAGACAUCGCGCCAUCUAAUCAUUACAGCCUCCAGCGAUACCCAGGGAUUUUUAACAGUACCACCUCGGAUGCUUUCCUGCAGUCCAAAAUGCGGAAUAUCUUCUCUGGGAGAUUGACAGCAAUCGAACUGUUUGACAUACUGGAUCACUAUACCAAGAACUGUGAUAUGAUGGUUGGCAACCGUGCCUUGAUUCAGGGUCUGAAGAAGGAGAAGUUUGACCUGCUGCUGGUGGACCCCAAUGACAUGUGUGGGUUUGUGAUAGCUCAUCUUUUAGGGGUUAAAUAUGCUGUAUUUUCAACUGGCCUUUGGUACCCAGCGGAAGUGGGUGCUCCCGCCCCAUUAGCUUACGUCCCAGAGUUUAACUCACUCCUCACAGACCACAUGAACUUGCUGCAAAGGAUGAAAAAUACCGGCGUUUACCUCAUUUCCAGAUUAGGGGUCAGCUUUCUGGUUCUUCCCAAAUACGAAAGGAUAAUGCAGAAGUACAACCUGCUGCCGGAGAAGUCCAUGUACGACUUGGUCCAUGGGUCCAGUCUGUGGAUGCUGUGUACAGAUGUAGCGCUGGAGUUUCCAAGACCCACUCUGCCUAAUGUUGUGUACGUAGGAGGAAUCCUCACCAAACCGGCCAGCCCACUACCAGAAGAUCUCCAGAGGUGGGUAAAUGGUGCUAACGAACAUGGCUUUGUCCUGGUAUCUUUCGGAGCUGGUGUCAAGUACCUGUCCGAAGACAUUGCUAACAAGCUGGCUGGAGCUCUGGGGAGACUGCCCCAGAAAGUGAUCUGGAGGUUUUCUGGAACCAAACCAAAGAAUCUAGGAAACAACACUAAGCUCAUAGAAUGGUUACCACAAAAUGACCUGCUUGGGCAUUCAAAUAUUAAAGCCUUCCUGAGCCAUGGUGGUUUGAAUAGUAUUUUUGAAACUAUGUAUCACGGUGUACCUGUCGUGGGAAUCCCACUCUUUGGAGACCACUAUGAUACUAUGACUCGGGUCCAGGCAAAAGGCAUGGGGAUAUUGCUAGAAUGGAAGACUGUUACUGAAGGAGAGCUGUAUGAAGCAUUGGUGAAAGUUAUCAAUAAUCCCAGCUACCGUCAGAGGGCCCAGAAGCUUUCAGAAAUCCACAAGGAUCAGCCUGGUCACCCUGUCAAUCGGACUGUCUAUUGGAUAGAUUACAUUCUUCGUCACAACGGAGCCCAUCACCUACGUGCCGCUGUCCAUCAAAUCUCUUUCUGUCAGUAUUUUUUACUGGAUAUAGCCUUUGUGCUUUUGCUUGGUGCUGCCUUGUUCUACUUUUUUUUGUCCUGGGUGACAAAAUUUAUCUACAGAAAAAUCAAAAGUUUGUGGUCUAGAAAUAAGCAUAGCACAGUUAAUGGACAUUACCAUAAUGGAAUCCUCAAUGGCAAGUACAAAAGAAAUGGCCAUAUUAAACAUGAAAAGAAGGUGAAAUGAGCCAACAGCCCACAGGAUAGUAACAGAUCUGUUCAGUCAUUCACCUUUUAUCACUAUAAUUUAGUCUAACAACUACUAAAAGUUAAAUGUCAGUAAACAAUUCUAACACUCCAUUACCUGAUCUUACUAACAAAAUUCUGUGGAAUUAAGAUGGCUGUAAAAAGCACAAACCUAAAAUGCAAAAAUGUAUCUUAUUUGAAUACUGAUACAGAGAGUUUUGGCACUGAAUGUUUUAGAAGCCUUAAUUAUUUAAAUCAAUUAAGUGACCAUGUCAGACCUUAGUUUUGAAUCUUGAUACGUGUGUGUCCCAGAUGAGGAAUGGUUUCUUUUCUUUGAAGAAGAUUUGUUUGUUUGCGUGUAUGUGUGUAUGUAUGUGUGUUUCCUAAUUAAGAGAAUUUUUAGGUGGCUGCUUGGCAUAUUUGUUGAAGGUACAACACAUUCAAGAAUGAAUUUGAAAGGCUCCAAAUGUUUCUUUUCUAGAAUUUAAUAUAUGUGAACUCAGAACACUUGACAGUGAAAGAACACUAUUCCCUCAAAACUGAAUGCAGUGGAAGAAAAUGAAAAGAUACAUGGCACCAUUUUUAUACUUUUUGGGGGGUUUUUGUUUUAGUUUUUUUGUUUUGUUUUGCCUUUUUGUUUUUGUUUUCUUUUUCUUAUAGGCUGUGGACCCUUCUGGGGGAAAAAUACAUGCAAUUAAGUAAAUUUAUAAAUCGGUUGUCACAUUUUACUUUUGUUUUCCCCCUACCAAUAAUUUGCCUCUGAAAGAAUUUUGUAGUUUUUUUUUCUAUUUCAUUUUAAUGAAUAACUUUGUGUUAAAUUCAUAAUUAAGACAAAGCUACAAAACUCUGACUUCCGUUCAAAGUACUGAAGAUUAUUGCUUAUGUGGCAUCUUUAAACAGGGCCGUUAUUUGAAUGUUUUUGUAACUGAUGGAUUUUUUAUAAUGUAAUUUUUGAAUCUUCAGGUGUUAUCUUUCCAAAGUUUUACCUUUAAAAAACAUGUUCUUCAUCCUUUUUUGUUGUCUGGGCCACACAAUCCAUAUUACGUAGGUGCCAACAUUUAAUUAAAUGGGACAUUUACAGUUCUCCCUCUUGGUACCACCUUUGAGAGGUUUGAGAUUCUGUUAACAGACUUUACCGGUUUCACAGAAGUGAUAGAGAAAUUGUAUCUCUUGCUUGUGAAAAUGAUUUUCUUCUUCCCUCUUCACUUCUUCACGCCCCACCUCAGUAGAAUUUUCAAGUCACUGUGGCUGACAUGGAACAGUGACAGUGCUCACUGGAGAAGAAGGAUGCAUGUCACGGACAUCAUAAAAUCAGGACCUCCCGGCUGAACCAUUCACUAGUUGGCCACUAUGAGUUUAUUCCAUGUCAUUCUGUUUACUUAGCGUUUGCACUACACGUGUUGAGUGUAUGCUUAUUUAUUUGUAGUUGGAGAUCCCAUGUCUGACAGCUGAGAGUAGAAACAUACAUUCACCUAAGGACAUUCACUAACAUGGGAAGAGUUGUGAAAAUUCUAGAAUGCUGUAAAUCCUUGUCAUACACUAUGACAUACAACUUCAUUACACUCCCACCAGGAGCCACUCUCCUCUACUUAGAAAUAAUGUCACAAAUAGUUUUCUAAUGUACAAUGCAGACAGACGUACUACUCUCUGAAUACUUGAAGAAAUGGUAUUAUACAUAUACGUCUGUUAGUUAUACCUUUUCACAAUCUUACUGUUAUGUUGCCGUUAAAAGGGGAAAAAGGCACAGGCAAUGAAUGGUGGGAUGGAAACAGGCUUAGAGUGUAUGAAUGAGUUGACUUGACUUUUUUGGAAUUGGAUGAAGCUGACAGUAGGCACUCAAUGGAUGAUUAAGCAUAAAUUAAUCUCCACUGUGAUGAAAACUUAAACAAUAAACAUGAUUUAAAAUAGAGAAAUGUUGUUGGAAUAAAAUUUUUACUCAGAUUAUAUUUCACAAGAGUAUGUAUAUCCAUUAUAAACAGGUUUCUGAGACAUGUUUCCCAACUUUUAUAUGUGUAUAUGAGUGUAAAAAACAAAAUGUUAUGUGGGAAUUUUUUUUAUUACUAUUAAAUAGAGGGAUUUACCUUAUAAGUACAUCAACAUGGAUCUUAAAAUUAUCCCAGAAGAAUGUUAAGUGUAGGCAUUUACUGAUCAUUGUUGUUCUCUCUCUCUGUCUUUUUUCUUUUUUCCUAGUAAGCUUAUUGUUAGCCAGUUUUGGUAAAUAGAGUGAUUUUAAAUUUUCCACAUUGGGGCUAGAUUCUCUAAUAAAGUAAAGUUUUCAAGAAGGUAUUUAUUCAUUUUAUUUUUAAAAAGAGCCUCUGCAAAUAUUUUCAUAGCUGGUCAUCAUCAUAUCAAAUGCAAAUGAGAAUUAACACAUCAACCCAUUUUUCUUUAAGAACCAUAACUUUUAAUAUCCCUCCACAUAGAUCUAGGGGCAGAAUUUGGAUGAUCAGGAUUGAAGGAAAGUAAUAUUUGGGUGAAAGUCAUGGUUAGUGAUUAAAGUUGAACGUUCAGGAUUCUUCUUGAGACCAUAGAAACUUUGUAUUAAAAUGUGAGGACAAUCUCAGACUAGCAGGUACUACAUUGAUCAUUUUCUGAUAAGGUCUUUGUAGGCUCGGGGAUACUGUCCUCAAAGAACCACGCGUGUGCCUUUCCCGACCAUAUAUUUACCACCCACCUCUACGUUGUGAUACACAGCACCCGCUCCUUCUGGGCGAGAAUCCACCACACUGGAUCCUCAGAGGACUGUCCUACUCUGUGAUCUGCCAUCUGCCCCUGUCUGCCUCCUUCCCUGCUAGGGACUGGUAGUGGUGAGACACUCCAGCAUCAAGAUGUAGCAUCCUGGUUUUUAUCCCCCAUACAUUUCCUGCUUCGGCCAAGACUAUAAGAAUAUCCAUGCUCAAGUGGUCUGAUAGAUUCUGAUAUCCCACCUCAGUGGCCUGCUUCCAGCUUUGUGCCCUAAUUAAGGAUAUUAGACAUUGUAAUUGGAUGUUACGGGGUGUGAUACAUGCACUGAAAUUGACGGAAGUUCAUUCUAUUGGGAGAACAUUUUGUGGACUGUUACUAUUUAUAAAUGGUAAGCACCUUCUCUGAAAUACACAACUGAAGUGAGUUCAAUAUAAAAUAACCCUAUUUAUCCUAGAAUUUAGGAACUGCCAGGGCAGAGUGGCCUCCUUUCAACAUUCAGGGGAUGCCUGUCGCACACCAGACACUAUGCCAGAUACCAGGGGAACUUACAAAUGACAAGGUCCAUCUCUCUCUCAAGGAGCUCAUGAUCUUCUGGGAGAUACGGAUACAUAAGUAAUUAUAAUGUAAAGUGCUGAUGGCUAUAGCAGAAAUACAUGGGGCUGUUGUAGAAGCACUGAGUAGCCAACAAGACCCAUCACAGUAAACCCCACACUCAUACCGACUCACUUGGUGGUGGUUGGUAAUACAAUUCCUGUGGCAUGUCUUGCUUAAUCAGGAACUUCCUCAUCAUUUUUUUUUUUUUUUUCCAGAGAAUUGUCUAUUGAACCCAAGUUCUGGUUGUCCGAGGGUCCUGAUGUUGGAAGCUAACUCCCAACAGUUAUUAAUCUUCAACUUUUGUAAUUCUGAUUUGGCUAGUGAUAAUUACCUCAUGGACUUACCAUGAAUACACGCUCACACAUACUUUCUCUGUACUGGCUACCAUACUAAAUGUUUUAAACACACUGUGCCUCUGUGUGUGUGUGUGUGUGGCUAUUUAGCAUAAUGGCCAGCGUGAAAUGAGCACUCAAAUUUGUGGUGGUUAGUCCUGAAUCGACGAACCUCUGUCACAGUGUUGCACUUUGAGUUUUUGAAAGAUGGUGUUUGAAAAUACAUGUUUUAUUCAUUGAUUCA